AUGUCUUCACUGCAUUUCGUUCAGUUCGAUCCGAACCAAACUAAAACAAAGAGAGGUAAGAAGAGAAAGGCUAGCCUUCCUACACCUGCCACAAUAUCAUCAUCUCAACAAUUUCAAUUCCAUCCUCCUACACAAACAUCACAAACUAUUACAUCAUCAUCCACUGUUGAUCAACAAAUUCAAGUUGUACAACCUUUAAAAAAGGCUAAACCAUUACCAUGGAAAGAUGGUCUGAAAGCAAGUGAUAAUCAAUCCUUCACCAAAUUAAUUGCAAAUCUAGAGCACACUAAUUGUACUGUUAAAUUGUUGGAAGAAUUGAAAUUUAAAAGUGACUUUUUGAAGGCUUUCAUCAUAUCAUGUAGUAAAUACAGCUCUACUAGUUUGUCAUACUCUGGCAACAAGACAGCUCUGUUAACCACCAUUCUAGAACACAAGAGUACAAUCCUCAGUCAUAAGGAUGAAUUGAAAAGCUUUUUGGAUAAGGACUCCUUUGUCAAAGCAAACUUAAUGACAAGAAAUCAGCUCACUUCAACCCCUUCCUUUGGUACCAAUGUAUGUUUGGGUAUAGAAUUGGAUAAACAACUCGUUCAUAUUGCUAAUGGCUACACUAUGACUGGGUGUGAUGAAUCUGGCAAAGUUAGAGUGGUAAUUACAUCACUGGUACCAGAUUGUAACAAGUACUACAGUGAUGAAUUGCUUCCCAAUCAAAUAGAAGAUUGGAACCUGUCCUGCAUGAGUGUUAAUUAUGAGGCAGCCACCAAUAGAAUGACCUUUACUCAAUUCCAAAACAAGUUUCAAAAUGAAAGUGAUGAAGUUGACAAUAGUGUCAUAUUUGAAAAUAAGGUUACCACUUCCAUAGUUCCUCAUUUAAGUUCAUCAUCAUCCAAUGUGAAUCCAUCAAUGUUGAAUAAUUCCACAACUCCAAAAGAUGUUACUUGUCCUCAACCUUUGAUUUCACAACAGACCAAUAAUAGAGAGCAACCAAUUUUUUCUACUGGUAGUGUUGGCAGUACUGGUAGUGCUGGUAGUGCUGGUAGUGCUGGCAGUAGCAGUAGUAGUAGUAGUAGUAGUAGUAGUAUUACUGUCGGUGAUAACAUUAGUGGUAGUUCAUUUGUUGAUGAAAAUCAAGUUAGUUUCCUUGGCUUGAUGAAUAAUCCUGAAACUAGCCAAUCAUUUAACCAACCAAUGUUCAAUAGUCAACCAAUGUUUGUUAAUAGUUAUCUUUUGCAGCAACUAGCAGAGAAGGAUGCAGAAAUUAAGCAAUUACAGGUAGAAUUGAAGGCUGAAAAGAAAAUUCACAAGCUUUUCUACAAGCUUUUUACAAAUUAUGUAGAUAAGGUCAAGAAAGAGUACAAAAUAAUAUCUCAACCAGCUGAAAUUAGAUUGGCAGGAAGAAGAGUUCUUUUCACUUCCGAACAAAUGGGAUUCCUAGCCAAAACCAGGCAACCUGGAGUUGCAAUACGAUUCAUUUGUAAACAAUUCAACAUAACCAGAGUUAAGAAUGCGUGGAAAGAAGAUUUUGAACAUAUUCUCGACCAUUACUGUUUUAAAGUUGUCAAGACAGAUGAUCAAUGGGAAAAUUUCAGAGACAAUCAAAAGAGAGAUGUUCAACAAGUUGGAACUGCUGAUGAUGAAUUUGAUAUCAUUCCGCUGCUUAAAUAA